AUAAAAAUGGAAACAUCCGGCGCACAUGGUUCGGUUAAAAUUAGUGGAUUUUCUGUUGUUCCAAUAAAGUUUGAAGAUAACAGUCAAGCUUCACAUAUUUUAUAUUUUAAAGAGCAUUCUUUACAUAGAGAUGAUUCUAGGCCUAAAGGUCGUUCACUGUUCAUCGCAAAUAUACCUCCAUAUUGCACACAGGAAGCUUUAGGGAGAAUAUUUUCAGAGUUUGGUGUAGUUCAGUCAGCAUACUUCAGUGAAGAUGAACCUCAGAAAACUACACUUAACAAAAAUUCCAAUAAAAAUUUGAAUACAUCUAUUUAUUUUCCUGAUUCAACAUCUGUAGAAAAGAAAAAGUGUUUUAGGAUGGGUUAUAUUAUUUAUAAAGACAAAUCUAGUUUAAAUAAAGCGUUAUCAUCACCAUAUGAAAAACCUUUUAUAAUAUCUACCAAAUCUAACCCUGUAUUAACAGGAAUGUCAAAAUGGCAGAAAGAAUAUACAGUUGAAACUGUGAAUGCUAAUGCACUCCAAGAUGAAAUAGAUCAGUAUAUGGAAUCAUAUGACAGUAAAUUAAAUCAACAACUAGAAGAAGAGAAAGAUAAGGAAGGUGUAGCUGAUGAUGAAGGCUGGGUAACAGUGACUAAACAUGGUAAAAUGAAACCUACACCUCGAACAGCUGUAAAUCAGAAAAAGUUAUCGAAGAAGGAAAGAAAAAGAAAGAAAGAAAGGGAAUUGUUAAAUUUCUAUACUUUUCAAAUAAAACAAGAAAAACAAGACAGAAUAGCUACUCUACGACAAAAGUUUGAAGAAGAUAAAGAGAGAAUAACACAAAUGAAAGCAGCUAGAAAGUUUAAACCUUAUUGAAGCCAAGGACAAAUACCACUAUACAUUAUAAAAUCUCUUAUUUCUUUUUAACAUAGGAUGCUAUGUUCAAGUCACUACAUGUUCACUCUCAAUUUGUGACUCAAAUAUGUUCAGUAUUUGAUAAAGACAUUGUUUUGAGACAACACCACUUCCAUACAUUAGUAAAACUAUGUAUGUACAUGUUAGUCAACAAUGCUAUGUUUCUGUGGGUAAAUGACUGAUUAAAAGAAAAGAACUAUAAAAUUCAUUUGCUAAUUUUGUGGCAAAAAUAAAUACAUGUACAUAUAUAAAUGCAUAUGGCCACUGUAAAUAAAACCCAUUACCUUUC